CACCUCUAGUUGUGUCAUUAUGACGUCAUAAUACUGAUGCACGUAUAGACUUUCGUACAAUCGCCUACGGCGAGAUAGCAGUUACGUCAUAAACGUCUAAGAAUCGUUUCGAGACGAAAAAAUCGCCGAUUUAUUCUGAGAUGCGCGAAAGGGACGUUUCACUUUAAAUUCUGGGUUUCGAGCGUUCAUAACACAAAAUGGAAUCGUUGCCAGGAAAUGCAGAUGAUUCUGCAAGCAGAAGAAUCGUAUGCAGAGUUUUAGGCGAAGAUGGCGAAAGCUUACAGUUCGACACGGAUAUCUCGGAUUUAGCAGACUUUAUUACAAAAAGCGAGAGCGAGCUACCGCUGGAGAUUAUACAACCUGGAAUCGACUCCCCGCCACAUAACCUUUGUGACGUCAUACACCAGUUACACGGUGAUCAGCAACAACAAGACCAACAGCAAAAAGUACAACUACAACAACAGAAAGGAGACAACCAACAAUUUUCGAGACAAAAUUCUGUCCAGCAAACGGGCCUAAACGGUGUGUAUCAACAAGGAAUUGAUUUUAGACGAAUUCAGCAUCAAAAUUCAAGCACAGUUCCAAUACAACACAGAAAAAGCGACCAAUAUCACAACGGGUGUCUUCCUGAGUCCCCGCCUGAUUCAGGUUCCGAGCCAUAUUCGCCGCCUCAAAACGGAAAAGUCACUGUAGGAAGUCGUUUUCCGUUGCCGGCACAAUUCCAGCCAGAAAAUCAAGUCCACCAUAACUCGCCUACAGGCCAAAAGGAACACGUUCGAGGCCCGGGCAGUUCACCAAGUUACGAGCAAAACGCAAGAGUUCCCCAGCAAACUGGGUUCGUGAACAGAAUGAGUAACGAUGGAAAUGUAAUUAUGAUACCCAGUGGAAUCACAUAUAACAACAGCAGUGCUGAUUUGCAGUACAUGAACCAAAUACCACAUUCUGGGACAACAUUUUCGGAUUUAGAAAGUGGGACUUAUUACUUGGAGAAUGGGCCAAAAACUUUAAGCAGUUUGAGUCCUGGCUCCAGUAGUUCCGACGGGUCAGUGCACAGCAGUUUGCCAAUGAACAUGGGAUACUCACACAGCGGGCCAGCUAAAAAGAGAAAACAUUCUGACGGUCCUAACAGCAGCGUAGAGCAACUAAACGUAGCGUUACUAAACCAAAAGUACAGACACUUGGUGCAACAAUCUAUAAAGCAAGAACCCGGUAUGCCUUCGCCGAACAACUCCGACAGCAGGCGAGGCGCUUAUUUUAACGACGCAUACGAAAUGACAGAGACCGGUUCAAUCCCGGUUCGCAUGUCAUUACCCGCGCAUAGCCUUCCAUUAAGCGGCCCAACAAGACUGACUGAGCCAAUACAUGAAAUACACCAGGACCGACCGGCGACCAACGUUUCGCCUUCACAUUAUAAUGACUCGAGCAACGCCUACCAAGUUAUUAAAUGGUCGCCGUUCAUCCGGGACAGCUGGUGCUGUCUAUGCGAUCAAACAGGAAAAGAAUUGCAGCCUGUGUCGUACCGUGUGGACGCGGAUAAAGGCUUUAAUUUUGCUGUAGCCGACGACACGUUUGUUUGCCAGAAAAAGAAUCACUUUCAAGUAACGGUCCAUAUUGGCGUAGUAGGACACCCAUGUUAUAUUAAAACUGAGGAAGGAAUAAAACAGAUUGAGGCUUUCUUCAUUAACUUGUACGGAGUAAAAUACGAAAGUCAAAACCAGACGAUAGCGAUCGAACAGUCACAAUCUGAUCGGAGUAAAAAAGCUUUUCAUCCAGUAAAAGUGGAUUUACCUGGUGAUCAAGUUACUAAAGUCACGAUAGGCCGUCUGCACUUCAGUGAAACGACGACGAACAAUAUGCGCAAAAAGGGACGACCGAACCCUGAUCAACGAUACUUCAUGGCAAUAGUGGCACUUCAUGCGCAGUCGGGCGGUAAAAGUUACCCCGUGUGCGCAGCGGGCACAGAAAAAAUUAUUGUCCGAGCUUCGAACCCGGGACAAUUUGACCAAGACGAUAUACAGUGGCAACGAAGCCAGAUACCGGAUGCUAUUUUCCACCAGGGCCGAGUUGGAAUAAAUUACGAUCAUCCAGACGAAGCAUUAGUUGUUCAUGGAAAUAUAAAAGUUACAGGGCAUAUUAUGCAGCCUUCCGAUCGACGGGCAAAGGAAGCGAUCGAAGAGGUUGACUCAAGGGACCAAUUGCGCAACGUGCAAAAUAUUCGGAUAUGUAGAUACCGGUAUUCACCCGAAUACGCUAUGUACGCUGGUAUUGAUUCGAACAGAGAAGAGACAGGUGUAAUCGCUCAAGAAUUUGCUGGCGUUUUACCCGAAGCAGUUCGUGACACGGGAGAAGUGAGAUUGGCUAAUGGGGAAACCAUCAACAACUUUUUAGUUGUAGAUAAGGAUCGACUUUACAUGGAAAACGUCGGCGCAGUAAAAGAACUCUGCAAACUGACUGGCAACUUUGAAGAACGAAUCGAUGAAUUGGAAAAACUGAACAAAAAGUUAACACAGCUUCGAAAAUAUGACAGUAUUCGGUCAAAUGGAAGUGUAGUGAGCGGAUUUACAAGUCGGUCUACAACACCGGGUGUAAGCAGGCAAGGCAGCGCAAGAGCAACCGGCAAAGCAAAUCCAAAGUCAAACAGUAGAAGUAGCAGUUCUUCACGUGAUCAACGCAGUGGGCGAAAAGCAAGGCCCCCUCCUCCCGUCCAACAACAAGGGUGUAUGAGCCAUCGUUGUGUGCAGGCAAUGGUCAUACUGCUGGUUAUCGUAAUGGCAUUUAGCGUUGUUGGAAUGUCAACAAUAUAUAUUGUGUCUAUGUCUAAAAACAAAUCAACGGAUAAUUCAAAUUGUGAAAACUGUCGAGCAGACCAACUCUCAUCCGGACCAAUAAACAGUGAACCAACUCAAGUUAACAUAAGCUCGUCGUACGACAGUACAUCUUCACCGACUACGCCUUAUUUCCACACUACUUCGUCUACCGUAUCUUUAGUAACAGGACCUCCAAUCGAUUAUUGUCCGCCAACAGACCCAGACUGCGUCCCCCAAGCUGAGUUCUGCUGUACAAACGCGCCCGCUGGUACACCAAUCGACCAUUCAGUUUGCUUUCGAGAUCUUUACAUUGGACCCGUGGAAGCGAACAACUUCGACCCAGAAGGACCAGAAGAAAUAGUACCAACACCCCCGUUAUCAGGCCACAAAAUACCAAGCCCUAGAGAUGCGAACCCCCGUUGGAGGGGAAUUAAAGGACCCUAUCACAGCCACGUUAACAAUGAAAUUAACAGCGCUGAGUUUGAGCCAAGAUUUCCGUCCGGUAAUCCGAAAAUUGGAAUUGCAUCUUACCCCGAAGUUGAACCGAAAAAUAAUGUUGACGUAGUCAAAGAAAUACGUCAUAUCCCGGAAGUGAGAAUGACGGAUCCGAUAAUUGACCCAGAGGAAGGUAGCGACGACGGGGAAGUACCCAUUCAGAGAGUGGUGCACAAGAUAAAUAAGCGACAAACUAGCACAAAUGUAAACAGUGCACCAAUGGUACCAAAUAUAAAGCUGGUCGAACCAAAUGUUACUUUGAAAGAUGCUUCACCUCCGCUUACACCGUACGCAAAUUGCGAGUUCUUGUACCAGAAUUACACCUUUAACGUACCCGUGUCGCCUCAUACACCACCUGCUGUACCAAUAACGCUACAAUUUAACAUGGUUACUCCCAAUACAGUGAUAAUGUGCAGCUUAAACACAAAGAGUGAAUGUCCAGACAGCAACGCUGAGCAAGAUACAGGCGUUCACCAAUACCAACAAGUAAAAGGAAAGAAAAAAGCAAACUUUCAACUGUACUUCACCAACUAUGUCGUUGCUGAUUACGUCUUUAGAGUUACUUCUAGCACCGAAGAGCCCUCUACAAUAUGCGAAGCCUCGAAUGCAGAUGCCGGUUUCUUAUACACCGAGUUCGGUUUCCAUUUCUACCGGACAUGUAGCACCGCGUUGCCGCCGAUUGGCGACAUCGAUGACAUGGAAGGCGGCAUGCCAGACUAUGGAUUGUAAACCACCACCAAUGGUUCAACACCAUACGGAACUUUAAUAAGAAAGUGCUGGCCGCGGGGUUGCAGCAAAGAGAGUUGACCAAGGUCGACCAAUGAGACGUCGAUAAACGUAUUUCGUCACGACUGACUGCACGUCAACAACUUUUUUCGGCUCUGUGACGUCAUUAUCGGUGAUUUUUUUUCCUAAGAAUUUUUUUCUGCGAACAAUUAUUUUGCGAGACAAAAUAUUGGAGACGCCGCAAUUUGGCGGCGUUUAUUUUACUGCCUUUUGAUAAAAACAAAACAAGAAUCAAAACUUAAACAGCGAAUUUGCACCGUAGGCACGUGAGACAUUUUUUACCAAUACAACAGUCAGGUCACAUAUUUACAUUUGUACAUUAUGCAGUUUAAUACAAAACUAUAUAGGCCGGUUAAGUGCAAUAUAACUUAAGCGAAAAUUACAAGUUUAAUUUUCCUAUAACCCCUUUUUCUUAUUAUUUUCUGAUCUACAACUGACAGCCAGUAGCGAGAACGGUUGCUAAUUACAAUUUCCGUAUUUUACUUUUUAGAAUUUAUGAUCAACUGUACAGUAUUUUCGCUACCAUUCAUGAUUGUAUAUCGUAUUGAUUAAAUUGCCACAGUUUUAACGGUGCCUUAUAUUGUGUAAUAUACGACCAGCUAUCGUUAUAACUAUUCUAUCAAAUAUUCCAUGCCGUUCAGAAUCACUUGCGUGCCUUUUUGUUUAUUUUGUUAAAAGUAUAAAAAUAAAAAUGUCAUGUACAGAAG